CACAAACAAGCUUCACCAAAAGUACAACAAUGGACGGAUAAAGACAGCGACAGUUCGGGAGAACACACAGCCGGAGAUCUAGCGCCAUGCUCGGGCUGAGAGAGGCGGGAGUGCUCGGCGCCUCCGUGGCUCUGGCGGGAGGAGUCGCUUAUUUUAUCUGGAACUACACCUCCUCCUCCUCCUCCUCCGGGGAGAAGACACAAACACGGCCGGAGAAAGAGGCUAAAAGUGCCGCAGAGGAGAGGAGACGGGAGGCGGUGGUUCCGGAUGUUGCUGCUGCUGAACGCCAGAAAGCGUCGGAGUCUAAACCAGCAGGGACACAGGUGCUGGUUCUGGGUCUAUACGGAGCCGGUAAGUCCAGCCUGCUGAACUGUUUGGCCACCGGGUGUCUGGAGCAGGACAUGCAGCCGACGCAGGGCUUCAACGCCGUCUCCAUCAACAGGGAGGACCUGCGCAUCGAGUUCCUAGAAAUUGGAGGUAAAGAGGAGCUCCGGCAGUACUGGCAGAGGUACAUGUCCAAGGCUCUGCUGCUGGUGUUCGUGGUCGACUCCUCCUGCCCGGAGCUUUUCCCCGUCGCUAAGAAGCAUUUACACGAGCUGCUGGCCUCCGAGCCCAGCCUGCCUUUGAUGGUUCUGGCCAACAAACAGGACCUCUCAGGAGCUUGCGGCAUCACCGACCUCCACGACGCUCUGUCUCUGUCCGAGAUCGGAGACCGCCGGUUGUUCCUCAUCGGCACCCACGUGAAGAGGGGCGAGAUCGAGCUCGGCUCCGGCCUCCAGGACGCCCGGGACCUGAUCACCCAGAUGGUCUGUGACGGCAGAUAAGACACAGAAUAAAAUAAAAUCUACAGGUUCUCUGCACCUUUUUCGCUAAGAUGUUUUCACCAACACUAGGUCGGCUAAAAACUCUUAUUUAUUCAUGAGAAAAUUUGAAUGUAUUCGUUGUUUUGUUUUGGUAGAUUUGGUAUCAUAAAAACGAAUAGAUUCUGGAUUUAAAAGUGUAAAACUAUUUUCUUGUUACCAAAAGUAGUUGUUCAUUUAAGCUGUGGGCCUAAAGGACACUUGAACUGUGUUUAGAUAAUAUCUUCACCAAAGAUUUAUUUUCAUCCAAGAAGGCGGUGAUGAGUCUCAUCAAUAGAGACAUGAAUGUUUCACUUUACAAGAAUCACAGUGGGUUUAAAUUCACUCAGGAGAAACAUCUGUGUAGCUGCUGGGUGCAGCUUUAUCACCAGCGAUGAGCUAACAGUCUGUUAGCUCUAUAUAUAUCUAGUUUUUGAGGUACUGUUAGCAGUUAUUAUUCUUAUUUGGACUGUGCCAUGAUGUUUACAUGAUCCACAGGAUAUUUAAUACCUCGACAUAAAGACUGUUGGGCAAGAUUUAAUAUCAAAUAGUACAAAAAUUAGCCUCCCAUACCUAGUGAUAAAGAUACAAAUAUAAAGCUUGCUGUUUUUAGGUCAGUGAUGGUACGUGACAGGUUUUCUUGGUAUUCACCUUUAAAUAAUUUAAAACUGUUACCUCGUUCUGCCAUGUGGGGCCGCCAACAUGCUAACUUCACUAUUACCGCUUUAAGAAACUAAGAACUUGUUGAGCUUUCUGAUGUGCCGUUAAUAUUGAAACUGAAAAACUUCAACAGGACACCACAGCUAUUAAAAGUCUAAAUAAAACAGUUGUUGAGUGGAGCAGAUUAUGUGGAUGCUGAGGGCUGUUUGCUCUAAAAAAUCAGCAGUUUUUUCGGCAUUUUAUUAUUGAAUAAACACAUCUAGUCAACAAACUUACGAACUUAAACACUACCAAAUCAUUUUGAUAAGCUUUAAAAAUAUUAUUGCUUUUGUGACAUGUUCAUUUAAAGGGAUUUUGCUUAAAAAGAGAAACUCUUGAAACUUAAACCAUUUUCUAGAUGUAUUUAGUUUCUUCGCUGUUUUUGAGAGAGAUGCUCUCAGCAGCUUGUUCCUUGUUAUUUCGUCUUAAUAAAGUUUGAUUUGUUGUAAA